AUGGCGCGGGGCGCGAAGCUCGGCGCCGGCGCCUGCCGCGUCUUCUACGCCGAGUGGCGCGCGCGGCGCCACGCACGGAAGUCGCGCGACGCGAAGGCGGACGCCGUGCGGUCGAAAGCCGCGGCGCGCGUCGCGGACCUGCUCAUCGCGCUGGGCCCGACCUACGUCAAGCUCGGGCAGAUCGCGUCCUGCCGCAAGGAGCUCGAGAAGACGCCCUGGGCCGCGGCGCUGCAGCGGCUCCAGGACGACGUGCCGGGCUUCGACGGCGGCGGCGCGGAGAUCGCGCGGUGUCUGGGCCCGCGCUACGCCGCGCACUUCGCGAGCGUCGACGACAGACCCGUCGCCGCGGCGUCCCUGGGCCAGGUGCACCUGGGGGUGCUGCGCAACGGCACGCGCGUCGCCGUCAAGGUCCAGCGGCCGGCGCUCCGGGAGAUCUACGAUCGAGACGUCACGCUCCUGCGGAAGAUGUUCGCGUUCCUCGACCGGCGCAAGUGGAAGGUCGGCGUGGAACAGAAGUGGCUCGACAUCUUCGACGACGCCGCGGCGCUCCUCUACCGCGAGAUCGACUACCGCGUCGAGGCGAGCCACUGCGAGCGGUUCCGGAGCGACUUUUCGGGCGUGCCCUGGGUCGCGGCGCCCGCGGUCUACCCGGAGCUCUCCGGCGAGACCGUGCUGACCAUGGAGUACCUGCCCGGCGUGUCGCUCAAGGACCUCGACGCCAUCGCGGCGGACCCGGAGCUCGACGCGCGGAGCCUCGCGACGCGUUUGGGCCAGGCGUACUUCCUCCAGUUCUGCAAGCACCGCUUCUUCAACACGGACCCGCACGCGGGCAACCUGGCCGCGGACGGCGGCUUCGCGCCGGGCGGGCGCCUCAUCUUCUACGACUUUGGCCAGGCGGCCGCGCUCAGCGCGGACGAGGCCGCGGGCGCGCUCGGGCUCCUCGAGGGCAUCAUCGACGCGGACGCGGCCAAGACCGUGGACGCCUUCGAGCGCAUGGGCGUCGUCAAGAACGGCUUCGACCGCGCCGCCGUCGAGGCGACGAUCGCGUCGAACUUCCGCAGCGGGCUCGUGACGUCGCGCGCGCAGCGCGCGGUCGCGGCCGGCGAGCCGGGCGACGACGCGGGCGACGGCGCGCCGGCGGUGCUCGGCGACUUCCAGCUCCCGGCGACGCUCGCCUUCGCGUCGCGCGCCAUGUCGCAGAUGCAGGGCGUCGGCCUGGCCUUGGAUUCGGAGUUCGAGUUCAUCGCCGCGAGCGCGCCGCUCGUCGCGGAGCUCGCCAUCGAAGAGAAGGGCGUCGCGACCUACCUCCAGGACGAGCUGAAGAAGAAGCUAAAACUCGGGUAG